GUUUGUGGCUAUUAAUAAGGGAGAAUCGGACUUUUAUAUUAAAAAAAAUUAUUUUAUUAAAAUAAAAACAAACUUUAGUAAUUUAACUCCAUAAUAAAGAACUACUUUGUCAAUAUCAAUAACCAACGUUCCGAAUUCUUCUAAAAAGUGAUAUUCUUCGUGCUGAGCUGUAAAAAUAUGGAUUGCGCGGUGCUAUCGCAAAAUCAAAUACAACAAAAUGAAAACCAAGAUUCUUUUGGUAUUCGAAAGAUUGUCGAUUGUAAAUUAAGUCAGGAUGGUCGACAGAUGUAUCGUGUAAAGUGGGAGCCAACAUGGGAACCUGCUGAAAAUCUAAGCAGCUGUCAAAAGUUAAUAGAUGAAUUUUGGUCUUACGUCAACAAAGCCAAAUCAAAUCAAGAGGUUGCCCAUCAACAUAGGAAACGAAGAUAUUGGUAUGAAGAGCUUGUCAAGUACUCUGGUUGCUUUAAGUUGGAUUUCUAAGCGACUCAAAGACAAUACCCUAAAAAAGUACAAAAUCAUAAAGCUUAAACUUGAUUCAUCUAAUGGAGUGAACAAUAUUAACAUUGAUGAAUUUAACCAAUAUAAAUUACAUGAAGAUAAUAAAGCUGAAAUCCAAAGACUAAUAAAUAAAAACACUUCAGAUAUUGGAAAUCGAAUGAUGUCACCUAGCCAUAUGCUGAAUUUACCACAAAAUAAUCAACAAAAUAUGAUGGCCAUGCCCCGUACACCUCAGUCAGUUCCUAUGUCUCCAAAUAUUAUUCAACAAAUGCGACCUUUAGUCAGUUCACCCCAACAAUUCAACUCUCCUCAACGUGCCAAAGUUCCUCUCAACUUUGGAAAUGAAAUGAAGCAAGAAUCUGAAGAAAAUUCCAGCCAAAGUUGCAAAGGAAAGACUAGCAAUACUUCGAGUUUAAAAUAUGUAGAGAGUUUUCAAAACCCAUACGUUAAGCUUAUUGUUGUGUGUAAAGUUUGCAAUAAAGAACAAAGUCUUAAGUUUGCACAUAAUUGGAAAACUCAUUAUUUAAGUCAUGUUUCAAACGAGGAAAAACCUCAUAAAUGUCAUUUGUGUCCAAAUGCGUUUGUAACUGCACCUCAGUUAAAAAAACAUUUGCUAAAGCAUGAAAAGCAGGAAUGUGUAGAUAGCAAGAUGAAGUUAGAAUACUGGUAGCAAUAUCUUAGUUUGAACUUUUACACUUUGAUUCAAACUUUUGCCUAAAAGUUUAUGAGUUAUUGUGUGUUUGUUUUAUUUAUUUUCAUUGAAGUCCAAAUUUACUAGAUUAUUCAGUAUUAAAUUUUUCCGUUCGAAAUAAUGUGUUAAAACUCGAGUAUAUCGAGUCUGAUGUACUAAUCAGAACAAACAUCUUGGUUCAAAAAUAUAGAUUUAGAAAUUG